AUGGCUCAGGAGUCCUUGCAGACGCUGCAGCGGACAAUUUGGGAAGCGCGUCUGCCGCUGGAGAUCAGGCUGGCGUCUUCAGAAUGUCGCUCGUUUGACGAAGCAGAUCCCUAUCUGAUUGCGUAUCCGCGCCUGUCAUAUCUGCCCUUACUGCUUCCAAGGCUACAUGCUUUCUUCUCACCAUCACUCAUUGUCGACCCGGAAACCAUUUCUCCUUACUCCGGAUACUUCACAUAUGACGGGGUUCCUCUAAAAUGGCAUCUGCCAUUGGGUCUACUCUAUGACAUAUACAUCUUGUCAACGAAAGAUGCCGAUGCUGGUACCGGGACGGAUAACUCUAACACGUCGUUACCGUUCAAACUGACGUUACAUUUCAACCCCCCUGACCCCGAAAAGGCCAGCAUGAUGGCUGCAACGCCGGUCGUUUUGCACGACUCCUUCAUCAAUUCGGUAAAGGAAGCAGACUUUCUAAGGUCGGGGACCGCGAAGCCCAUCAUGACUCUGGGAGCACAGGAAAGUAGGGCUCUAUGGACAUCGACCCAAGACAACGACUUGUCCACCUUUGCCAAAAUCCAUGCCAGUUUGAUGCCGGCGCCGGGGCAGUUGAGAAACAUCCCUCUACGGGUUUACCUGCCUUCUCCAGCUGAUCAGGAUCCGACAAAGGGACAGGUCAAAGUAAUACAAUCGAGUAUUCCUCCCACCCUGGCAAUCGCGAGCAGCCAGAGUACUAGCACGGCUGCUGGGUUACGGGCGGCUAGUGGUGGUGGAGCAGGACAGGCUCAGACGUUGGGCACAGCGUUGCACCAAUUGAUACCUAGUCUUUUCCCGUCUCGACGUACUCCCAUCCUUGCCACACCGUUAUUGCAUGGGGCUCCUAUACCAAUGAACGCGUCGUUGGAGGACCUGGUGCGAUGGGGGUGUUAUGCAGACGGCUGGCUGUCGGUAGUAGUGGCGAUGCGCGGAUAG